AAGCGGCCAGAAGCAACCGGAAGGAACCGGAAAGCGCCGGAAGUGGCGGGGCGGGGCGGGGCGGGCGGAGCCGCGGGGCCGUGUGGUGCCGGCGGCAGCGGCGCGCAGCUGGGGCCGGGCCGCGGCGACUAUAAGAUUCAGAUAUGUCCUUCAUAUUUGAUUGGAUUUACAGUGGUUUCAGCAGCGUAUUACAGUUUUUAGGACUGUACAAGAAGUCAGGCAAACUAGUGUUUCUUGGACUGGACAAUGCUGGAAAAACUACGCUGCUGCACAUGCUCAAAGAUGACAGACUGGGACAACAUGUCCCCACAUUACACCCCACUUCAGAAGAGCUGACAAUUGCUGGUAUGACUUUCACUACCUUUGAUCUGGGUGGACAUGCUCAAGCUCGCAGGGUGUGGAAAAACUAUCUGCCUGCUAUUAAUGGCAUUGUGUUCUUGGUGGACUGUGCAGAUCAUGAAAGAUUGCUUGAAUCAAAAGAAGAACUUGAUUCACUAAUGACAGAUGAAACUAUUGCUAAUGUGCCUAUCCUAAUUCUUGGUAACAAGAUUGACAGACCUGAAGCCAUCAGCGAAGAGAGGUUACGAGAGACAUUUGGUCUGUAUGGCCAGACAACAGGAAAGGGCAGCGUCCCAUUGAAAGAACUGAAUGCAAGGCCACUAGAAGUGUUUAUGUGUAGCGUGCUGAAGAGACAAGGCUAUGGAGAAGGAUUUCGUUGGAUGGCACAGUACAUUGAUUAAUGCCAAAAUCACAUUAGUACCUUCUGUCCUGUGUCUGAAUAUUAAGUUUGCUCCUUAUUUGAUCACUCAGUGUACGUAACUUGAAUUCAUUUGACUGUUUAGUUAUAAAAACAUGUUUUUAGAUAAUUAUAUCACCUAUGCUAAAUUGUGUGAGGAUUGAAAAAUUAUUUCAAGCAAGUUUGUAAGUUUAAGUACCACAACAUGUUAGCUUUCUAAUCCCAUACAACAUUCUUUUGCAACUUUUAAUUUAACAAGUCUCCAGCACCAUUUUUUGACAGAGCAACUUUCCAGUACAGUAUGUUUGAAUGCACUUUUUAACAGCUAAAAACUACGGACAUGUGAAAAAUAUUUAAUGCUUAUCAUGUUAAAUUUUUUUAUGUACUUUUUUGAAACCGGUUUUAUAACUUUAGAGUAUAUAACCAUCUUUCAAGGAAUAAUAAAUAAUUAGCUGAUGGAUAAUUGCAUGAUGCCUUACAGUUUUCAAUAAUAUACUUUCUUAUGCAACGUCAUGCAAUAAAUUUAAAUCCAGUUUUUGGCAUCUUUAAUGGAAAAUGUUUCAUUUUAAUGUGUCUUAAUUAGUAAGGCUGUCUGAUGAUCUGAAUAUGUGGGAUAUUUUCCUGAAACACAGAAGGCUACAAGGCAGUUCCUUUGUAUGUUAAAGAGUAAGGGGGAUUGUUUUUUGUUACCAGACUACCAAAUUGCAUUUGUUUUAGGAUUUUACAUAAAUAGAAGAUAAAUCUAGUCAUAUGCCCUUAUAACCACCACCUUUAAAAAUACAUACUGUGUAAAUCAGCAGUGCCAAUGUAAAUCUUGAACUGAUGACGAAAGUGAUUUUACUCAACUGGUAUCUUGAAUUAAACCCCCAAAAUAACACAAGAUAUAUAAAUUUUACUGAAGAAAUUAAAAAUAGUACUGCACUAAAUAGUCUAUGCUUAAUUUAAUUAGAUUUGGUUCUGCCUGAGGAUUUGACUGUGAAAUUGCCAGUAAACAUUUUGUCAUUGUUGCUUGUAAAAAUUUGUCAGCCCACACCUGACUGGACAAUUUCAUGUUUGAUGUUCUGAAUUGGGACAAGAUGGAUUAUUUUCUACAGUUUUGCCCUGAAGCCUAAUCAGUAUGGCAGUCACUGGAGGCCCAGGUGGCUUAUUCCUGGGCUAGAAUUUUGUUAUCUUCAGUACUUGUUCCCAGACUUUUAUGACUGUUCUUUCCUCAUCUUUGAGUGCAUUAGUUGCCUGAGAGGAAAGCAGAUUAUUUUCAAAGGAGGGGUGUUGACUCACGUGUAUAUCAGCUUCUUGUUGGUAUUAGGUGACAUUGCCAUGGAAUUGUGAUUUGUGUUUUUGUGUGCUGUAGGAUGUUUUACUCUGUAAUCUAUCUACUGAAGGUAGGGUUUCAACCCUGGAAUCACCAUUUCACUGAGGUGGGUUUGAGUUUCACUGCAGAGUUUGUUUUGCUCAUGUAAGAAUAAGAACUGGUAAAAAUGUUUUUACUGAAUCCCAAGACUGGGGCUUCUUUUACUCACUGUUACAGGUCUUUUCCAAGAUGCUCUAGGCCUUAUGCUUUCAAUAUCCAUGGCAGCAAAUGUAUUUCUGACUGUCUUGACUUCAUCAGGAAUUUUGUAUCUUGACCUACUGGGCUUGACUUUCAGAUUUAAAGCUUAGAGGCGCACAGUGAAUAGAUGAGAUGUACUCCUUGCCCAGAUCUGGGCUUGUAUGAUUGAAUAUUGAUGAUCAGUUCCUCACAGUCCUAAAUUGUACAUACGAAUAAGAUGAAUAAUUCGGAACCUGAUAACACAAAUUCUAUUUAUAACUGAAAUAUGUUACUGCACAAUCAUAUACAAAUGUUAAGCCUAGUUUGCGCAUGGUAAAGUCCACAAGUGAUGGUAUCAUCAGGUAGCUUUUUCAAAUGACCAACAUAAGAGAAUUCUGCAUUUAAACUAGUGAUCAGCUGUAAAGUAGUGUCUCUGUGUUGCGUAAAUCAAAACUGCAGGUAAGAAAUGGCCUGUUAUCAGUGUGUGGACAUUAUGCAAGUUUUUGCUAUGUAAAGCAGAUAUAUUUGAGGACAUGCCUUUCUUUUUCUAGAUUUUUCUGAUAAUAGUUAAAAUGCAGCGAACAACAGCUAAAUCAACUGACGGUGUAAAUAUUAAAAAUACUUCUUGCAGUCAUGCCAUGAUGUUGGUACAGAAAACUUGGGGUUACGUUGCCCGUGCUAAUGGAAAUGAAGCUGGAAGUGGAGGUGUUCUGCGGCCCCUCUCGUCACUGGCGUGGGGGUGCUCGCAGAUCGCUGCUGCUGGCUGAGCCGUUGUGUGGGCGUUGAAGCAGAGCUGGGGUCCUCAUCAGCUGUUACUCCAGCCAACUGGAAUAACGUUAGCGGAAAGAGGUGAUAGUAUUAAGAAUUCAAAAAAAAUAUGGAGGUGAUAAUGCUUUAAAAGUGUGUGUUAAGAGUAAUUCUUAGUGUUAUGGAAAUACUCAGACUUCAUGUUUCAUACUGUAAGACACUAGUUUAAAUGUGGUGGUUGUAAUAAGGGCGUGAAGAAAUUUGGACCAUUUGUUGAUCCAUCUGGGUGUUGUGAUGGUUCCCAUUGUGGGAAUAGCUGAUCACCACUCAUUUAAAAACACAAAUAAUCUCACUCUGUUUCAUUUCAUUCAGUAGAAGAAAUAUCUUUUUCUUCCGUAGGUAGCGUUCUGUUGUGCAUAUGAAUGUGAUUGAGUGUUGCGUGUCUUUGUGUGAAGACUUCAUUGAUGGAAAGCUAUACCGAUGAAAUGCAAGUUUUUUCUGGUGGUUUUCAUCCUCCCCCACCUCCCAUCCCAUUCUGCAGGUUGCUUAUUCCUAUGAUUGUGACCAGUCUUAUUUAUAAAGGAAGCAACUUUCACAUCCAGAUCCAACUCCUAUGAAUUUUUUUGCACUCUUGACUAUGCAGAUUUCAAUUAAACAUCACUCUAAAGAAUGUGAGAUGAAAAAGAAAACUGUCAUUAAAAAAGCUGUUAUUUA